AUGCCUCCAACAAUGUUGUUUUUUACAUUUCCAUGGCUACUUAGCUUUUUUCUCGCAAGUGGAGAAAUUGUGGAAAACAUCAUCAGUGUCAACAAUGGAGGAAUAUGGGGAGUCUGGGGUCCCUUAGAAAAAUGUCCUGGGUUACUCAAAGCUAUUGGAUUCAGCAUAAAGGUACAGGAGUACCAGAAAUUAGGAGAUGAUACAGCUUUGAAUGGAAUCAAACUGUAUUGUGGUCAAGAGGGAGACUUUUUAACUACCAUUGAGAUGAUUUCAACUAAAGGAAGAUGGGGACAUUGGACCAGUCCUAUGUGGUGCCCUUCUGGAUACCUGGUGUCUUUCUAUUUGAGAGUUGUGACAGAAGGACGACAAAGAGAUGCCACAGGAGUUAACAACAUUAAGUUUGUGUGCUCCGAUAAUGAACAUUUGGAAGGACUUGGGUAUUCCUGGGGUAGUUAUGGAGAAAUGAGUGAAAAGUGUGUCCAGGGGAUAUGUGGUAUGAAAACCAAGGUUCAGGAAGACCAAGGACACUCAGAUGAUUCUAGUUUAAAUGAUGUCAGAUUUUUAUGUUGUUCAUAA